GCCUUAAGUAGGGUAGCAACUCACAUUGAAUAAAUCUUUAUGCAUGUGUACAGGACUGACCCAAUAUGUCCUACUCUAUUUACGUACAUCUUUCCCUAAUUUCAGUCGCAUCUCCUAUCAUAGCAAUACCGAGUCAGCAGCUUUUCGUGAACGAUCAAGCCUAUCAAAGCCUAUUGUAAACCUCAGUUUGGCAAUCGGACUACAUGUUGUAGCAACACGGUCAACCCUGCCCUAUACCGGAUCAUCAGAUAUAUUUCAAUGUUGGCGCCAUUCCCGCUGCCUACCCCGUAGGCAGAAAUAUACCCCGGCCACUCGAGACGCAAAGAGAUCCAGGCUCACAGAGCACUGCAGUAGUAGGUACAUCAUCGGUUUGUCUUCGAAAGCUUGUGCUAUUCCACAAGUUCACGCAUGCAGACUGCCCUUCAAACAGUGGCGUUGGAUCAACGUCUGUGCACACAUCAAACGGAGCAUGCUACUGGUAGCUGCAGAAUCGACUAAGGCAAGCUGCGCAAUCACUCAAUCAUCCAGAUAUCGCUGUCUGACAGGGUGUUCGCGACUUGUUUGAACCUCUCAUCAGCGCUAGUUGUCUCCUGUCUCUCUGCACAGGGGUAAGAUGGUCAGCGUGACUAAGCUUCCUCCGGGACGCCUUCUUGUUUGAUCUGUCUUUCGACACUCCCCCGCCUCUUACCUCUCGGAUUUCAUACUAGAGGGCCCUUGGGCUCAACUACAUCU